AUUUGGAAUAUCUUACUAUUCAUUAAUUUCACAAAGUAUAUGAAUUACUCUUGUUAGUAUUUAAAAUGUGGUUCAAGUUUUCUAAAGAAAAUGUGCUUUUAGUGCUCCUUUUUUUAAAUUUAUAUAUCUAUUUUGGUAAUUUUGCUUUAUUAGAAACUGGCUAUAAGAAAGAUAAAGAAAUAAUCAAACAAAAAUCAAACAGAAAUUACAAUAAAGAUGACAUUACAUUAUUAAAAUGCACUUAUUUAUUUGCUGGUAUGAAUCAUUUAAAAUUAACUAAGAUACUUUUUGAACACCAGCUCUGUAGUAUCAAGGCUGCAACUACUAUAAUAUCUUAUGCUAACGACUUCAUAAAAAAACAGAUAGCUUCAUUAUAUUACAACAAAGAAGAAGUUGGAUUAUUGUGGUUACUCAACUUGUAUACGUGUAUAGUUGGAAAAUACAUAGAUUAUUUUUUAAAUGAAGAUAAGAAAGAAGGAAACUCUAGACUUGUCGAAAUGUUGCAAUGUCAAGAGUUUGUUAUCAAAAAAUUAGAUUCGGAGUCAAAAAAUUGUCCACAAAACAGUCGAUUUUACUUUGAUAUUAUGGGCUUUAACUUAAGUCAAGGCGAUAACUAUGAUUACAUUUUAUCAUGUAUUAUGAGAAACAUUCAUGAUAUUGAAAAUCUAAUUGAUAAUAAUAAUAAUACUAAAACAUUAGAAUUCGGAAAUUUUAAAGUUUUUGGUAGAUAUUAUUUAUACUUCAAAAGAUUAGGUCGUACUGACCAGGUUGUGUUUAAGUUUAUUAAUAGUUUCAACUUACGAAUAAAAUGGGUGGAAAAUAUUGAUGAGAAGUUUAAAAAGGCUUAUGAUAAUGCCAAUAUACUUGAUUGGUCAAACAAAAAAUUCCGUUCCUGUUUGUUGUACUAUUCAAUGGUUUUCGACUUAUUCAAAGUAAUUAUGUUAAGAUUGACUUGGAAACAGUUUUUAUACAUUGAACUACAAGGUGCAUCAUUGAUUGUAAAUCUUACGGAUCAAUGGUUAAUGACCCUUCAGAAUUUCGCCAAGUAUCUAGCAUUAGGAGAAGACUAUGUAAUUAAAAAUAUAAUAGAUAGUAUUUUUCAGCACAUUCAUAAUUAUCCCUCGGAAAACGAAUAUCUAAUAUUAACUUAUCAAAAGCUUUACACAAAACAUUUGAUAAAUUAUAUUAGCAAUAAUAUAUCAAAUCUUUGUGAAGGGUUAGAUUGUACGAUAGUUGAAAAUUGGGAUUCGGAAGAAAUUUUACAGACAUCCAAUCAAAUUAAUUUUUACUUAGAUCAUAAUGUACCACUAUCUGAUCAAGUAUUAGAAGAAAUUCAACAUGAUUGGAAAAAAAAACUAUACUUAAAUGAAACAAUAAGUUUUGGAGAUUACCUCCAUUUUUUAUAUGAUGACGUCGAUUUUAAUGUUAUUAGAUCAUUUAUUGAUUAUAUAGAAACAUUAAAUAGUUAUAGUCUAUUUGAUAGAGAAGUUAACUGAUUUUGUCACAGUAUUUGAGUAAACCAAAAAUAUUCAAUUACAACAUUAGAAUUACAAUUUUUCAAAUUAUUACAGAAUUCAGAUGUCCACCGCUUAAUUAACCAACACUGUUAAAGCAUUUUGGUUCUAUAAAAUCAUUUCCAAAAUAGUAUUAUAAAUAUUAAGAAGUUUGGCUUUUUUGUUUGAUAAU